UCUAAUAUUCAGAUUUAUUAUGGACACAGAAGACAAAAGAAGAGGAAGUUUCCAUCUCUUCACUUUCAUCACGAAAACACGACCAGAAACACGCAGGAGAGUUUGAGAAGAGCUGAAUCUACUACUGACAGAAGAUCAGUGAAUAAGAGAGAAGAAUGAAGAUCAUCUGGACUUUCACUCUGCUCAUGAUUCCUGUUUUCUGUUGUAGGUGUGUUGAGCUCCAUGAAUGUGACGGGAUAUUCAGGAGGCGAAGUCACGAUCACAUGCAAAUAUGAUGAAGAAUAUAAGGAAACUGUGAAGUAUUUUUGUAAAGGACAACGGUUUGCAACAUGCUCUGAGCUCAUCAAGACUGAGACUAGUAAAAAAAAAGAUCAGGAGGAUAGAUUCUCCCUGUUUGACAACACAACAGCAGCGGUUUUCACUGUGAUUAUCAGAAAUCUGACAGAACAGGAUUCUGGGACUUAUUACUGUGGAGCUGAUAAACCAAACCAUACAGAUAACUACACUGAAGUGAAUCUGAAGGUUAUAACAGUGAUUGACACAUUAUCAAGUCAUCAAUCAACCACAACUAAACGUACAACGACGCUAAAUUCCAACCCUUCUAAAUCUUAUUUAACAUCGAGUUCACCAUCAAGCUCAAAUGGUUCAUCUCUGAACAUCGGAGUGUCUGUGAUUGUGAUUCUGCUCAUUAUUGGAUUUGUUUCAAGCAUAAUUGUUUUCUGGAAGAGGCGUCAGACUCAAGACUCUAACUCAGCCUCUAUAACUCAUGAAACAGGAAACAGUGAAGCGGUUCCUCAAAUGUCGCACUUUUAUGAAGAAAUCAAUAACGCCAGACCUCAAACUGACUGCAGAACAGCACAAUUACCCACAAUCCCCUCUGCUUCCUGUAGCACGGUUUACGCUACUCAACAAUUACCCAUAAACCCUUCUACUUCCUGUAGCACAGUUUACGCUACUCCACAUCAACCCACAACCCCCUCUGCUCCCAGUAGCACUGUUUAUGCUACUCCACAUCAACCCACAACCCCCUCUGCUCCCAGUAGUAUAGUUUAUUCAACCCCACAAUUUCCCACAAACCCCUCUGCUUCCUGUAGCACAGUUUACGCUACUCCACAUCAACCCAUCAGCUUCCCGUCUGCUUCCUCAAAUGUAGUUCAUACUGCAGAUUAACAGUGCAGACGUUCACAUAAUCCAUUGAUUUGUAAUGCAUUGGGUUGUUUUUCAG